AUGAAGCUGGAAGAACAGGAAAAUAUCAGUUCAUGCAGCACAGAUGUUAAGGAAAAUCGGAACUUGGACAACCUCUUCUCCAAAGAGGGGGUUGCAGCUGAGUCUGCUCAGCUCCUCAAUGGGAGUGCUGGGGGUGGGAGAAAACGUCCCUUAGAGGAGGGCAAUAAUGGGCAUGCACAUUCCAAGUACAGGCCCAAGAAGCGUAAGAAAGUCCCUGGGCCCAUUCUGCCUAAGAAUGCCCUUAUGCAGCUGAAUGAGAUCAAGCCAGGGCUGCAGUACAAACUGCUCUCUCAGACCGGGCCUGUCCACGCGCCUGUCUUCGUGAUGACUGUGGAGGUCAACGGGCAGCUCUUCGAGGGUUCAGGUCCUACCAAGAAGAAGGCCAAGCUGAAUGCAGCGGAGAAGGCCCUGCGCUCUUUCGUCCAGUUCCCCAAUGCAUCUGAAGCCCACAUGGCCAUGGGGCGGACUCUGUCUGUCCACACAGACUUCACCUCAGACCAGGCUGACUUUCCGGACAUGCUCUUUAACGCCUUCGAGACAUCCGCCCCAGUAGACGACCCGUUUUACCUCGCUUCCAACAGUAACGGUUCCUUCAGCUCAUUAGGAAUAGAGUACCCAUUGCUACCUUCCCCCGUCCCCAACCUGGUCCAGGCCCCUUUACCUCCAGCCCCCUCCACCUUCAUCUCCCCGACAAGCGGCAAGAAUCCUGUCAUGAUCCUCAACGAGCUGCGACCGGGUCUCAAGUAUGACUUUGUGUCAGAGAGCGGGGAGAGCCACGCCAAGAACUUUGUCAUGUCCGUGAAGGUAGACGCUCAGAACUUCCAGGGUUCUGGGCGGAAUAAGAAGCUGGCCAAGGCUCGGGCCGCCCAGGCUGCUCUGUCUGCUCUGUUUAACAUGCAGCUGGAUCAGGCACCAUCACGACAGCCAAUACCUAGAGAGGGACUGCAGCUUCACCUGCCACAGGUUCUGGCGGACGCCGUGUCUCGUCUGGUCGUCGACAAAUUCAGCGAACUGACGGACAACUUCACAUCUCCGCACGCUCGAAGGAAAGUCUUGGCGGGUGUCGUCAUGACAACAGGUACAGAUGUGAAGGAGGCUCAGGUCAUCUGUGUGUCCACUGGGACCAAAUGCAUCAACGGUGAAUACAUGAGUGACAGAGGUCUGGCCCUCAAUGACUGCCACGCUGAGAUUGUGGCUCGUCGGUCGCUCAUCAGGUACCUGUACUCCCAGCUGGAGCAUUUCCUCAGUAACAUCGAGGAGGAGCACCACACAUCCAUCUUCACCAGGUGUGACAACAGGCAGGGCUUCAGGCUGAAGGAAAACGUCCAGUUCCACCUGUACAUCAGCACUUCCCCCUGUGGAGACGCUCGCAUCUUCUCACCUCAUGAAGCUGGAAUGGAGGACCAGGGGGACAGACAUCCUAACAGAAAGGCCCGCGGGCAGCUCCGAACUAAAAUCGAGUCUGGUGAAGGAACCAUCCCAGUGCGCUCCAGUAACACCAUUCAGACGUGGGACGGGGUGCUUCAGGGCGAGAGGCUGCUCACCAUGUCCUGCAGCGACAAAAUCGCCAGAUGGAACGUUGUUGGAUUUCAAGGCUCUCUGAUGAGCUACUUCACUGAGCCCAUCUACUUCUCCAGCAUCAUCCUGGGCAGCCUGUACCAUGCCGACCACCUCUCCAGAGCCAUGUACCAGAGGAUUACUGAGAUCGAGGACCUGCCACAGUCUUUCAGCUUGAACAAACCACUGCUCAGCGGAAUAAGUAACGCUGAAGCUCGUCAGCCAGGGAAAGCACCCAACUUCAGUGUGAACUGGACAGUGGGGGAUCAAGGCCUGGAGGUGAUCAAUGCCACCACAGGGAAAGAUGAUCUGGGUCGACCGUCCAGGCUCUGCAAACAUGCUCUGUACAGCCGCUGGAUACGCCUGCACUGCAAGCUGUCCUGCACCCUGAGGAUCAGAACAGUGAGGCCCAGCAGCUACCACGACGCCAAGCAGGAGGCGUUGGAUUAUCACUCUGCCAAGCAGUCGCUCUUCAGAGCCUUCCACAAAGCUGGACUGGGUGCCUGGGUGAAGAAACCUAUAGAGCAGGACCAGUUUGCACUCACCACCUGA